AUGACCUCAGUUGAUGAAGCCAAUGGUUGGUAUGGUGGUACCCUACUAGGUGAUCAGGAUGAAAGCAGUGAGAUAUAUAGACAUUAUGCUGAAUUAUGCCAGGGGUCAGCUUUGGAACCCUUUGAGCAUGAUCUGGAUAAGGAGAAACACUAUGCCGACGUUCUACGCAUGAACGCAAUUGAUGUUGUAGAUGAUUCUGCUGUUGAAGCAGAGAUGGAAGCUGCUCUCAUGGAUUAUGAUCGCAUUGGUGCUGAUCUUGGGAUUUUACCAAUGUCAUGCAAAUCCUUUGCUGCAGAUCCAAGUUGGUUGACAAGAUGGAUUAUUGGGGAAGAGAAGGUAGAAAAGAUCUGA